AGAUUCAAAUAUGCUAAGUGAUGGCCUUGGAGACUGUUAAGGAAGAAGCAGAAUACCCUAGACCUCAGCCUCUGAAGACCACAAGAAGACAAUGUGGAGUAGCAAUUGCAACUGAGUUGCUGCUUGACACCUCUCUCUCUCCCAGCAUCUGAAAUGAGUCUCUCUCAUCAAUUGCUUUCUUUGGCUUAGAGCCAGGAAUUCUGGAUUCUGUCAACUUCUGGCCUAAAAGAAAACAGUCUUGGUUGUCAUCACCAACAUAUGAACCAGUGUGAUGGUGAAAUAAUGAGAUGAGGCUCCGCAAUGGAACUGUAGCCACUGCAUUAGUAUUUGUCACCUCGUUCCUUACUCUGUCCUGGUAUACUACAUGGCAAAAUGGGAAAGAAAAACUAAUUGCUUAUCAACGAGAAUUUCUGGCUUUGAAAGAACGUCUUCGAAUAGCUGAACACAGGAUAUCUCAGCGCUCUUCAGAAUUAAACACUAUUGUCCAACAAUUUCGGCGUGCUGAAGCAGAAGCUAAUGGAAGUAAGAAUGCAUUGACUAAAAUUUCAGAUAAUACCAUAAAGCUACUAAAGGAAUUAACAAGCAAAAAAUCCCUUCAAGUGCCAAGUAUUUAUUAUCAUUUGCCUCAUUUAUUGCAAAAUAAAGGAAGCCUUCAGCCUGCGGUGCAGAUUGGCAAUGGAAGAACAGGAGUUUCAAUAGUGAUGGGAAUUCCCACAGUGAAGAGAGAAGUUAAAUCAUACCUCAUAGAAACUCUUCAUUCCCUUAUUGAUAACCUGUACCCUGAAGAGAAGCUGGACUGCGUUAUAGUUGUCUUCAUAGGAGAGACAGAUCUUGAUUAUGUACAUGGUGUUGUAGCCAACUUGGAGAAAGAGUUUUCUAGAGAAAUCAGUUCUGGCCUGGUGGAAAUAAUCUCACCUCCUGAGAGCUAUUAUCCUGACCUAACCAACCUGAAGGAGACAUUUGGAGAUUCUAAGGAAAGAGUAAGAUGGAGAACAAAGCAAAACCUGGAUUAUUGCUUUCUGAUGAUGUAUGCUCAGGAGAAGGGCAUCUAUUACAUUCAGCUUGAAGAUGAUAUUAUUGUCAAACAGAACUAUUUUAAUACCAUAAAAAAUUUCGCACUUCAGCUUUCUUCUGAAGAAUGGAUGAUCCUAGAGUUUUCCCAGCUUGGCUUCAUUGGUAAAAUGUUUCAAGCACCGGACCUCACUCUGAUUGUAGAGUUCAUAUUUAUGUUUUAUAAGGAGAAGCCCAUUGAUUGGCUCUUGGACCAUAUUCUCUGGGUGAAAGUCUGCAAUCCUGAAAAAGAUGCAAAACAUUGUGACAGGCAGAAGGCAAAUCUGCGAAUCCGCUUCCGCCCUUCCCUUUUCCAGCAUGUUGGUCUGCACUCGUCACUAUCAGGAAAAAUUCAGAAACUCACGGAUAAAGAUUACAUGAAACCAUUGCUUCUUAAAAUCCACGUGAACCCACCUGCAGAGGUCUCUACUUCCUUGAAGGUUUACCAAGGACACACACUGGAGAAGACAUACAUGGGGGAGGACUUCUUCUGGGCUAUCACCCCCACAGCUGGAGACUACAUCUUGUUUAAAUUUGACAAGCCAGUCAAUGUAGAAAGUUACUUGUUCCACAGUGGCAACCAGGAGCACCCAGGAGACAUCCUGCUGAACACAACUGUGGAUGUUCUGCCUCUUGAGAGCGACGGUUUGGAAAUAAGCAAAGAAACCAAAGACAAACGGUUAGAAGAUGGAUAUUUCAGAAUAGGAAAAUUUGAGAAUGGUGUUGCAGAAGGAAUGGUGGACCCAGAUCUUAACCCUAUUUCAGCCUUCCGACUUUCAGUAAUUCACAAUUCUGCUGUUUGGGCCAUUCUUAAUGAGAUUCAUAUUAAAAAAAUCACCAAUUGAUCUUCUAAGAUACCAACACAUUCUUUCCUGUGACUCUGUCAAUUAAACAGAAUGAGCAUGCACCUUUUUGGGGUUUUUUUUGAACUUGAACACUACCUCUUGUGAAAUCUACUGUAGAUAAGAUGAUUGUCAUUUCCACUUGGACAGCAAAUCUCCCAUGGAUAAUUGCAUUCAUCUGAAACUAAGCUGUCCUUCAGUUUUAACUUGACACAAGCAUUUUACAAUUAUAACAGUCUGUUAAUAUGACUUGUACUAUUUUGAUAUUAUACUAAUACAUAAGAGUUGUACCUAUUGUUACAUUCCUUAAAUUUGAGAAAACUAAUGUUAAAUACAUUUUAUGAAGGGGGUACUUUUGAAGUUCAUUUAUUUUACUAUUAUAGACCCUCUUUUA